AUGCUUUCCACGAGGCGGCUCUGGACGUCUUUUGGCAUUCUUUCAGCCACCAUCUUCACCGGCGUCCUGUAUCAAACUGACACGGCAGACGGACACAGAUUCAAGGGCCUUUCCUACAGUGCUACAGACGCUGAAUCUGCAGAUGGUGUGAGUUCAGGAACGGACCGGCUCGGGAGCGCCAGGUUCCAGAAGAGCGACUUGAGACCUAUCAACAGGCACCAUGGCGAGAUCCGUAGCUACGCGCCACCUUCUGAUGCCGUUGACAGUGGCGCUGCCUCGCCUCCCGGAGCCGCCUUCCUUUUCCCUACCAGUUCAAUCGGCAAGAAGGGGACAAAUCUCAAGAUCUCUAACACGGUUCCUGUCGAGCCUGCUUCCCCGUCUCAAACGGUCCACCUCGGCACGGCAACUGCUCGACCGGAAAUACUUGCCACGCUGACCCCCGGGUUACAUGCACCGCAGGCCUCGAUGAACGAUCCUGGAUCAUGGACAGGGCUCGCGGAGGCAGCUGAUCCGAGCCAUGUAGUUGCGUUGCCAGGUCAAUCACAAACUGGCGUCCCUACGGUGGUUGUGCCGCAGUUGCCGUCAAAUGGUUCCCCCACUUUGGCGCCAUCAACUGUGGCGCCCCAAGGAGCUGCGACCGCUAACCCUCCAGCUUCCUUACCGGCUGGACAGAACCAAGGACAUCCACUUCUUGCCACGGACAUGGGCGGGUUGCCUGCUCAGCCUCUGCCACCAAUGACCACGAACCAGGGUGCCCCGCGCUCCGUCGGUGCGACGACUUCUCCCGUCUUACUUGCUGCCAUACCUGGUAGUGGCGUGGCUCCGCAACCACCAACGACGCUUGCCCCUGCACCAGCUCCAGUCGCUUCUGGACAGCAGCCGAAGGCCAGCACUGUACCGGUGACAGCUGUGGGUGGAGUCACAGGGACAUCUGGUCAGCUGUCCACACCCAUCACCGGCGAAGCCUCCCCUGUGACCGCGGAAACACAACCGGUUGCUGGAGCAGUGGCAACAGCGGCGGCCGAGAAUGUGCCGCCGGUAGCUGCGGUGCCGGAAAGUUCUGCGCCCGACGGGAAAGUCGCAACCGGAGAAUAUUACCAGGUGGUGGCCGGCUCUGCUGGUGGCGCUGCCGGUGCCGAAGACCAGUUUCUGGUUGCCCCUUCAGUGAAAGAGAUUUCUGUGGGGCCGAGUGGCACUAGAGUUGUCCACUCCCAACAGAGAGUCCGGGCUGCAGGCGAAGUUUGUUUCGAUGCCUGCUCCUGCUGGCCGGUGUGGUGCAUCAGCAUCGUGGUGCUCGUCGUCAACCUCGUUGCUAGCUUUGUCGCCUUCCACCUCACCGCAUCCCUGUACUCGAAGGGACUGUUUUCUUCGCAUUUCUACAAAGGUGGCGGCUACUGGAUGAUCGGCGCGGCGAUUGGCGGGCUGGUGAUUGGGGGCCUCAUUGGAGGUUUAGUCCCUCCCGCCUGCUGGGCAGGCGCUCUGUACCUCGGCGGAUCCUUGAUGUCGAACUGCAUCUCCAUUAUUCUUCUCGGACGCCGAGGCGCAUGGCUGGGUGCUCUUGGCGGCGUAGGCUGCGGUGGCGUCAUUGGUUUCUUUACCGGCACGGGUGCUGUCGGCAUCGUUGUGGGCGUGUUUGUCGGCCUGCUCUUUGGCAUCGUUGUUGGCUUCGCCCCAGUCUGCCGGUCACUGAAACUGAAUGAGCGGUACAUCCGAGCUGGCAUGAGAGUUUCAGGCGGCCUUUCGUCACGGUUCUCUGAUGAUGGUCACGAAGGCAAGCACCACUCGGGAACUAUGACACCGCCCCUUUCUCCGUAA